AGCGGCUGCCCUUCCUCUCCGCCUUCCUCUCUCCCCCGCCGCCCUUGAUGGCAGGGGCGGUUUGAACCCGCCUGAAGGGAGGAGAAGGAGGAGGAGGAGCCGUUGCCGCCGCUGCCGCCCAGGAUGCGAUGGGGAACUGCUGGGCGCAAUGGUGCUGCGGGCUCUUCUUCCGGAGGGAAGCCGGCCGGCUCCAGCGAGGUGGAGGGGAGUGUCCUUUUGCUUCGGCUGAAAUAGUUUUGCUCGAAGUACUACAAGCUGCAGCCAUAAUUAGAAAAUCAAAGUAUUUUAGAACAUGUUCAACAGGAGAACACUUCACUAUAGAGUUUGAGAACCUGGUGGAAAGUGAUGAGGGGGAAAGCCCAGGAAGCACUCACAGACCUCUGACCGAGGAAGAAAUUGCUGACUUGAAAGACAGACAUUAUGACUCCAUUGCUGAAAAGCAGAGAGUUGUUGAUAUGAAACUUCAGUCAGAGUUAGCCUUACAAGAGGAGAAGUUAAGAAUAGAAGAGGAGGCUUUAUAUGCUGCACAACGUGAAGCAGCCAGGGCAGCAAAGCAGAAAAAGCUCUUGGAGCAACGUAGACAGCAAAGGAUAACACAGAGAGCGCAUGCUGUUAAUAAUGGAGAAUAUCAGAGCUCUGUGGCAGAGGAAGAUCUUGAUUCUUUCUUAAGAAAUACAAAAUUCCAGUAUGAAGCUUUUCGAAGUAGUAGACUUUCAUCUGAUGCUACAGUGCUGACGCCCAACACAGAGAGUAGUUGUGACUUAAUGACCAAAACAAAAUCCACAAGUGGAAAUGAUGACAGCACUUCAUUAGAUUUAGAGUGGGAAGACGAAGAAGGCAUGAACAGAAUGAUUCCAAUGAGAGAACGCUCCAAAACAGAAGAAGAUAUACUCCGGGCGGCACUGAAAUUUAAUAGCAAGAAGACAGGAAGUAAUCCAGCCUCAGCCUCUGACGAUUCUAAUGGAUUGGAGUGGGAGAAUGACUUUGUUAGCGCUGAAAUGGAUGAUAAUGGCAAUUCAGAAUAUGCGGGAUUUGUAAAUCCUGUAUUAGAUUUGUCUGCAUCAGAUGUAAGGAUAUCUGAUUCUGAUCAUCAAGACAGAUAGUGAAACUGCGUGGCCCUUACUUAUGACCACAUGUUGAAAAGUGAAAUAGAAUGUACAAAACCAGUUUGCUCUUUUAUAACGUGGUUCCCUUUUUCUUAUAAAUUGAUCAGCAAGGAAUAGGAAUGACUUGCUAUCUGAAUUAAUUCAGAAUUAAGUGCAAUUUUAUCAUCUACCUUCUAAACUUUUAUGAAAACUGGGAUGAUUCUAUUGUGUAUAUUUCUGGAUAUCUGGAUUUAAUAUAAAAUUAUCUGCACUAAUUUAAGCUUCAUAGCUUGACAUAUCUAUAUUUUAACUAGCCUUUUUUUCUGGAUGAUGUUUCUACUGAUUUUGUUUUUAAAAUUCAUCAUUGGCCUAACGUUUAUCUCAGAAACAGUCUUACAUAACUUAUCUAAUACUUGAAUAUAGAAAAAUAAUUUUAAAAAAAUUUUAUUUCCAGUAUGUGCUUUUUGACUUGUUCUUUAGCUAUUUAGAGGGUGUACUUAGCCAGCUGCAAAACAAAUUUCACACACAGUAAAUUGCAGUUUUUCCCUGUCUGGCUUAUAGUCUUCCUAGCCUUGUGUUGUUCUCUUUCCAUUUAUUUUAUUUUUUUAUUACUUUAUACUAAGCACAGUUAACCUCAAUAAGCAUAGAAUAAAUCAUCAGGUUAGGUAAGAUAUUGUCUCGUAUAAUAUGCCAGACUUAGUAAGUGUAUGCUAGAUAGAAAAACAACUAUAAAAAUUCUUUAUGCGUCAAACUGGAAGUUUUAACCAGUAUCUAGUGGAGAACUGGGAGGACCAAAGUCUUGAUUUCCCCGCCCCCCCGAACAGACCAACAUCUGAUACUACAUGGUCCUUAGAAUUCUUUAGUUGUGGAAAACUUGUAAUUCAGCUCAACCGGAACAAUUAUUGAAAAGCAACAUUCUCUGAGCAAACUGGGGGAGAGAUGAUUGCUCUGCUGCUGGGGUGGGAAGAACAAGAACCUAAAGACUGAAUUCCUAUAUUUGCAUUUUAAAAAGAAAAAAAAAGUUCAAGUUACAAAACAGUGCGCUCAAGUGCUCUAGCUUUCCUGUGCCUCUAAACUGGAUGGUUUAUACUGCUAAUGCGGACUGAAAUUCAAGGAGGUGUUCAGUUACUGCGAAUCUGGUGUAAUGUAUUGUGUGGUCUCCCCUGAUAUUUAAUGUAAGUUAUACUUUUUAAGAAAAGAAAAAGCUCACUGAAGAGAACGUCCGAAACACUUGUAGAUCUCAAGCUUUCCCCAAAGUUUCAGUAAAGCCAUUCUACUCUACUGUUAUUUUGUGCAGCUGUCUUGUUUUUCCCUGAAAAACGGGGUGUAGCUUCACCGUUGUGGAGUAAAAGCAACACGCUGUGUUAAGUAGUAAAUCUGCAUCAUCAGAAGAACUGAAUUUGUUGGUGAAAGUUGUGUCACUGUUCUAGAUCAUCUGAGCCUAUAUACAAUAGCAGGGUCACUACAAUGUGGUCCUCUUCAUGAUGACUUGAACAAAAAUACUGCACACUUGGAUUAAACAUGUACAAAUAUCAACACUAAGGAACAGAUAAAUCUUGUUGAUAACAUUCCAUUUCUUAAUUUAAAUUGUAGGUAUGUCAUUGAAAAUAUUUUAAUGUAAUUAUCUACAUUUGCAAUGCCUGUAAUAAGCUUUAAAAAUUUGUACACAUCAAAUGUAUAUUUUUGGUUUGGCGUAAGCUACUACUGUGUAACUUCUCCUGAACGUUUAUUUGUAUACUAUAUUCCUAUGGAAAAGAAGGCAACUUUCUCAACAUGUAUAUAACGCAUUUUUUUACCUGCUGAAAUUGUAACUUACCCUGCAGUGGUCACUACUUUUCCUGACCAGUGAACGUGAGGUUAACUUGUCCUGACCGUGCUUUGAGGAAGUAAACUAGCUGCUCGUCCUGCUUGUAGAAUGAACAAGCACUUAGGAAAAAGGAAGCUGACUCCAGCUGAAGCUUUUACUGUGGCGGGCAUGUCCUGUAGCCAUGGUUAAUAGCGUUCCGCUUUUCAGAGUUCAGUGCGCCACAGCGAGUGACUUAAGAAAUUAUGGUCAAUAUUUGUGGAAAUUCAAGAAAUUGAAGGAUUAUAGAAACAGCUCAUGUGAAACAAUUCAACACGACUGUAAAAUGUGUAUCUGUACAAAUUUAGAAGUCAUUAAAAUUUUCAGUCAGUCUUAUGUCUGGUAAUGUUUUAUCUGUU